AUGGACCGGAUCGCAGAGCACAAAGCCGCAAUGGCGGCAGCUACCAUCGAAGCCAACUUGGUCGGUCGUACCAGCCUCGUUCACAUUCCAGACGGUCGUGCGUUCUGCGGUACCUUGCUCUGCAUCGACUCGGGAUGCAACAUCAUUCUCGCUAACACCGACGAAACCAGAACUACAGCGCAAGGUCGAACGUCGACAAGGAAUGUGGGGAUGGUCAUGAUACCAGGCAACUACGUCGUCAAGGUCGAGGUUCAACGGGUUACUACCCAGUCGGCCGCAGACUCGAAACACGAUCAAGGGGACAACAGGAUGCCCUCUUCGUCAAUGAUGGCUCAAGCGGGAUGGCCUGAUGACGAUGGUAUGUACUCGUGA